GGAAUAUCCCAGGACAAUUUUCUGAGCAGUAAAGUGCACUACCCUUCCCUAAUAAACCUAUCCACAAUAGCAACUUUACUUUCCUUCAGCAACUACAAUCAACCUGAAUAAGGAACGAAAAAAAAGGCAUAGCGAAGCAAUUCCACGCAACUUUUUUAUCGCUUCCGUUUAUUUAGAUAAAAGAAAAAUUCCUUCAAUCUUUUAUAUACUCAGAAUCAAAGAGAAAACUAUCUUUUUACGGAGAAGGGGAUUUAAUUGCUGUUGCCAUGAAUUCUACAAGCGUGAGUAAUACAUUCAGCUCUACUUCAGCACCUGCUUCUUUCUCCUCCACCCCUUUAUCCAGUAGUGAGUCAUCGUCCACGCCUGUGUCAAGCUCCCCCUCUUCUGCUGCUGGUAGUUCCAGCAUUUCUAGCGAAAACACUUCUCCUACCACUUCUUCAUCGAGUCAAGCAACAAGCAACACUGGCAGUGAUGAUAACAACAGCAGCUCUGGAUCUAGUUCCUCCGCUUCUCCUUCACCCUCGGAUUUAGUCAGUUCUUCUGGUACCAUCGUUAGUAGCGUUUACAGCGACGGACCCUCGUUCGUUACCGAAAUUUCGACCUCGUAUGUCUCCCAUACUGGUUCUAUGAAUUGGAAUACUUCUUCUUCCCCAAUCUCUUCCGCGUCUAGUUCGAAAUCAACCCCGCUUUCUUCCUCUGGUAGUCUUCCUUCUAACUCUAAAAAGAGUAGUGAUAGCAACCAUAAAAGCGUCGUCAUUGGGUGUGCCGUCGCCAUUCCUAUCGGUGUGGUACUCAUUUUAAUUGUAUUAGGUGUCCUCUUUUGGAAGAGACUCCAACGGGCUAAACGUAUUAAAGCUGAACGUAUGCAAGAGGUUGAGGAAUAUGGUUUCAAUCCCAAUCAAAACAACAAUUUCCGUGGCCCUAACCGCGCCUCUUCCCCUGACAGAUACCGUGGCUGGAGUGGAAGCCCUGCACCAGCUGUCGCCAGCACGGGUUCUGGUCGUCCUAUUGCUACCAGACCAGCUGUUGCCGCACCUAACGCUGCACCUACAGCUCCAAAUUCCACUGCUUCUCCUAACAUCACAAACGCUGCAGCUGGUAACCCAGCUGCUGCCGCCUCCUCUGCCGCGGGUGCUGGCGCAGGUUUGGCGGGCGGAGCAGCUACUGCUAAUCGUAAUGCACCAAAUGGUCCUCCUCCUGGUAAUCGUAUGGUUAGACCUAUUGGCAAUCCUACUCAACCUGAUCCUCCAGAGAAUGCAGCUGGUCCUCAAGCUGCCGACAAUGGAAGUAAUUUUUCUGAGGGUUUAGGUGCUUCUCCUUUUGAUGAGCAUAACCCAGAAACAGCUGAACAAAGUGGAUCUGAAUCUUAUUUUGAAGGCCCGUUAGCUACCAUUCCCGAAAGCGAUACUGAAAGUCAAACCAGUGAGGCUCCUCCUAAUUCUUCUGAAUCCUCCAGAUUGUUAUCCCGCCAUUCAAGCCGUCCUUCUCCAACGGAAAGUGUUGCAAGCCAACCUAAUUACUCUCCAUUCGCCGACAGUAGUCAGAUGCCACCUCGCACUUCCGGUGAGGCUCGCCGUAAAAAUAUGAUUUAACUUCAAUCAUCUCAUGAAUAUUAUAGAAUGCUAUAAUAUUCUUUACAAAAUAUCAUUGCUACUGGUUUAUAGCAGCCAUGAUUAUUAUAAGUCUUUAUGGUGGGUGAACUGUGAGGUAUAAAUUAAGCUUACCAUGUGUCCUCAUUCUUAAGAUUAUGUGUCUUGAAAAAAGAAGACGAUCGUUUAGUGAACAGACAUGUUUUCCUAUGAUUGAGCGCUCGACACAAACAAAAGAAACUUACUUUUAUUUGGGUAUUUGCUUGUUUGAUAUUACCAGUUGUUGUUAUAGAACGAAACUUUCUUUAUUUCGUUUAUUUUCACAAAAAAUUUUAAAAAAACCGAAAAUAUAAGCUAGACGCUUGUCUAGCGUCUAGCCUUGCAGGUGUUUUUGUCCGAUCGUUUGACAUCUCUAAAUCUUUCCUUUAUUCCCGCAUAACCUUCUUUCCACGAUAUUUCUGCAUUUGUUUAUUUUUCUUUAUUUUAUUUACUUAUUUUCUCGUUUUCAUUGGUUUGUUUUCGUCUAGAGCAUCCCUUUUGUGUAAAAGGAUACAACGACGGGGGAAUUCAAGGUGUGCAUGCAACCUUCAUGUUUUCUAUGUCAAAAAUAUUUGAUGUAUGGAGAUCACGAUUUGGAUUUAUAAAGAUUCAAAUGGUUUUUCUUGUCACCUGGAUUCCUUCUUUGUCAUUCACGUUUGGUUGAAAAGGCCCAUAAAGUAUUUGUACAAUAAGUUUACGGAGUUGUGUAUUCGUUUUCAUUUGUCUUGCAUCAAAGCUAAUGGUUAUUUGAAUCUUAGAAUACACAAGCUUCAGAUCUAUUUCCAAAUUCUAUUUCCCAAAUUGCUUCAUAUACUUGAUUUAUGAAACUGCAAUCUAUUCAACGCUAUACACCUCAUAAUCCUCUUCGAUAAUAUAUUAAAACAAAUAGAUGUUUCCCUAUUUACACUAUUCCUAAGUCAUUGUUUUGUAACCAUUCAUCAAUCGC